AUGGUGGACACUGCUGAUAGCAACAAUGCCCCACAUAUGGUGUUCAAUAUGCUCGAAGACAAAUAUAUCGGCCUCGCCUUGGCCAUCGUAUCCACGCUCGCCAUCGGAACCAGCUUUGUUAUCACCAAGAAGGGACUUAACGACGCCGCAGAUAAGCACGGCUUUGAAGGAGAAGGAUUUGCGUAUAUGAAAACGCCGCUGUGGUGGGCAGGGAUAGGCUCCUUGGUGGUGGGCGAGAUCGCCAAUUUCGCCGCAUACGCCUUUGCGCCCGCCAUUCUCGUCACACCGCUGGGCGCGCUCAGUGUGCUCAUUGGAGCCGUGCUCGGUGCCUAUUUCCUGGGCGAGGAGUUGGGAGUUUUGGGAAAGCUGGGAUGUGCGAUCUGUCUGCUCGGGAGCGUCAUCAUCGUCCUUCAUGCGCCGCCAGACAAGGAGAUAGAGACGGUAGAUCAGAUUCUGGCGUACGCGAUCAAACCAGCGUUUAUCAUUUAUUGUCUGGCCGCGAUUGUCUUCUCGACCGUUAUGAUCUACAAGGUUGCGCCGGUGUACGGCAAGAAGAACCCCCUGAUUUACAUCUCGAUUUGCUCGACUGUCGGAUCGGUGUCGGUCAUGUCGGUCAAGGCCUUUGGAAUUGCAGUCAAGCUGACUUUUGCGGGCAACAACCAAUUUACACACCCUUCGACCUACGUAUUUAUGGUGGUGACCAUCGUCUGCAUUCUCACGCAGAUGAAUUACUUCAACAAGGCACUCAGCCAGUUUUCGACCUCGAUCGUCAACCCCUUGUAUUAUGUCACAUUUACCACUGCCACGUUGUGCGCGUCGUUUAUUCUAUUCCAGGGGUUCAACACGACCGAUGCUGUCAACACCAUUUCUCUCCUCUGCGGGUUCUUGGUCAUCUUCUCAGGGGUGUACCUACUCAAUCUAUCGCGAGGGGACCCUGAUGGCCAUCGAAUGCUCAACGGGAAAAUUGCAGAUGAAGAUGGGAUCCCGACCGACCCCUUGGCAGGCCUGCAAACGCGGAGAAGCAUGCAGGCGAGAAGGAGUCUGGAUCCGCACCGACGGAGCAGCAGCCUCACAUUCAGCCCGGGAGGCCUAUUCUCGGGCGGAAGUCGACACGUGAGCGCCGAGAGUGCAGGGCUGAUGCAACACUACGAUGUCGAGCACGGUGCUUUUGGACUGUCGGAUCUGGUGGAAGAUCCAGAGGAGAUCCGGGCGACCUCGAGUGUGACCAUCUUUGACGAGCCCGAGCAUAUCCCCGAGUCCAGUAUCAAGGUCCUCGCGGAUGACCAGGGUCACGGUGCCGGGACCUCCCCCACGCUCGUCGCCUCGUCCAGCCCCAGACUUCACCGCGCCAGUAUUUCAGGAAAGAAGAUGACCGGACGACCCGCCCUGCCUGGUUCCAAUUCUUAUUCUUCUCAUCUCUCUGCUCCCGGUGCUUCCCUCCACAGGCCCAUGUCGCAUCUCCGUCUCGACGCUAAUAACCCUCGUGACUCAGGGUCUGAGGGCCCGGGCACCAUCACUACCGGACCGGCAGCAGAGGGUAAAACGCCCGACGUACGUGCCAUCCUGGCCCAGGUGGCCGACUGGCUUCAAGAUGAGAAGGCAAAGCGGCAGAAGCGAAGGCACCAUCGCCAUCACCAUCAUCAUAACAAGCGUCCGAAGACACCCGACGAGCAGAGCGACGACUCCAAAACCCAUGAUGCUGUGCUCGACGGCGACCAAGAUAUGUCGCUGGAGAGGCUGGAGAGCAUUCUCCAAAACUUCUCGUCCGGCCAUCCUUCGAAGCUCCUGCGCAAGUCGUCGAGCUCUCUCCUGAGAAGGGGAUCCGUGGGCAAGAAAUACAAGCAGCCUCGCUCCGUUCCGGCUUCAUCAGACACGGAAUUCUAUGGCGACGACAUAUUAGUCCCGAAUGUUGAGGCGAAGCUGGACAACACCAAGACGAUGGCUUUCACUGGCGGUUCAGCAGACGCGGACACGAGCGACAGUGCGAGGAAGCAGGACUACGAGCACUGGGUGACCUUCAAGAAGGACAUUGUCCGCUUGACGCAUACGCUUAAGCUCAAGGGCUGGCGGCGCAUACCCAUCGACCGAGCUGCCGAUAUUGAUGUUGCGCGUCUGAGCGGUGCCCUGACCAACGCCGUCUAUGUCGUCCACCCCCCCAAAGACAUGUCCGAAUACGAUGCCCACAAUCCUUCUGAUCCUACUACUGCGCCUGUCCCGGUCUCCCGGCGACGCCCUAUGUCCCUCCUUCUUCGUAUCUACGGCCCGCAGGUCGAACACCUGAUCGACCGCGAGGCUGAACUGGGCAUUCUCCGCCGCCUCGCUCGGAAAAAUAUUGGACCUCGCCUUCUGGGCUCCUUCGAAAAUGGCCGUUUCGAGGAAUUUCUCCACGCCAUAACCCUCACGGCAGAGGAUCUGCGGACCCCAGAGACUUCCAAGCAAAUCGCGAAGCGCAUGCGCGAGCUUCAUGAAGGUAUCGAUCUGCUCGAAUCUGAGCUCGCUGCCGGCCCGGCGGUUUUCGUGAAUUGGGAUAAGUGGGUCGACCGGUGCGAGAAAGUCAUCACUUGGCUCGACGAACAGGUUCAUCAGGCGGUGAAGGAGCUCGCAGACGGAACAGCAAGGCGGAAGUCGAGAAUCAAUGCACGCUACGUCCGGCGCGGGUUGAUCUGCGGUGUCGAAUGGCCCGUCUUCCGCAAGGCAUACGACACAUAUCGGCAACGACUGCUUGAAAAAUAUGGUGGCGUCGAGGGAAUCCGCAAGCUGCUCGUCUUCGCCCACAACGACACUCAAUACGGAAACCUCAUGCGGCUACAACCUUCUGGCACCUCACCUCUUCUGAGACCGUCCAACCAACACAAACAACUCGUCGUCAUCGACUUCGAAUAUGCAGCACAAAACCCUGUAGGGUUGGAAUUCGCAAACCAUUUUACCGAAUGGUGCUACAACUAUCACAAUCCUCCUGACAAGAACUAUCAGUGUGACACGAGACGGUAUCCGGAUGAGCAGGAGCAACACAGAUUCGUGAGGAGCUAUGUCAUGCAUCGACCCCAGUUCAACCCUGCGGCGAGUGCGACACCCAAGAUGGAGGGUCGGGAGAAGACCAAUAUCAGCGACUUCAUGCUUGACGCUCGGACCCCCGGAGGUGGGACCCCCAAUGCAUGGGGAGGGAGCAGCGGGUUCGAGGGGCCAUCUGAAUCCGACUAUGACAAAGAGGAGGACGAGAGGGAAAAGGCUCAGGAAGCCGAAAUCGAUAGGUUGUUGCAGCAAACGAGGCUGUGGCGGGUCGCCAAUUCGGCCCAGUGGGUGGCCUGGGGCAUUGUGCAGGCCAAGGUGCCGGAGCUGGACGCGUUGGAGGAAAGGGAAAAGGAAGAGAAGAGCCUGAGCAAACGUAUCAAAGAGAGGAGGAAAGGCAUGACAGAGAUGGUAUCUGCGGGAGAGCAGAAGAUUGUCGAAAAGAUGAAAAAUUUGGUGGGUAAGGAUGGCGCUGGGGGACGCCAUCAAGUCGAACAUGCCAAUCCAAUGUCCGACCCUCUCACUGAAGAAGAGAAACGACUACAGGUGGAGAGUCACUGGGACCGACCAGAGGGAAGAGCACAAGAGGAGGCACGCCAUGAGGGCAAUGGAGAUGUUGUCGUGAAGCAACCGGCGGACGCCCCUGACCAUCUUUCCACUAGCCAUACCACCAUCGACGAGAACACCGAAGGGAACGCCGAUCUUAACAAGCGGUUACGAUCAACGGCUCAACCUCAAACCGAACCGCUCCAAAACGGUCACGCAGAAACGACCCCGGAAGACGGAUUGUCUCGCCCGGAUGAUAGCCGCUCAAGCUCCCCCUCCGCCGUCGAUGAUGAAGCCGAGGAGGAAUUCGACUACCUCGCCUACGCCCAGGAGCGCGCCAUGUUUUUCUGGGGCGACUGCCUCAGGCUCGGCUUCGUCGCGGAGGCCGAUUUGCCCCAAGAUCUCGUCCGAAGGGCCAAGGUUGUGCCGUAUUGA